AAAAUAUUUUUUCUCAAAAAUGAAAGUGAAAGUGCAUUUUAUUUUCAGAAUAUUGCAAAAUAAUUUUUGUUUUGUGUGUUGUUAUUAGAGACGACAUAAUUGUGUUAUCAGUUCUUUUUUGUUUAUAAUGAGUAGGCGAAUUUAAAAUUGACCACAAAACUUAUGGAAUAAACAAAGAAUAGAAGGGAUGGACCUAAGUGUUAUAAAAAACGGAAAUGAAGAAAACGGAUCUGAGAAGAACCCAGCAGAGAAAAUUGUAGAGACGAAUACAUUAGGAAAGCGUAGAAACUCUACCUCACCAUCACUGACAGAUGAACCAGUCAUUAAGAAAAUCAAAACAGACUGUGAUGAACCUGAAAAUGAGGAAGAGAAUGAACCUAAAAAUGAGAAAGAGGAUAAAUCUAAAAAUGAGGAAGAGAAUGACGAUGAAAACAUACCACAACCUAUGAAAAAAAGAAAAGAAGCGGCAAAUUUUCCGAAGUUGUACCGAUUACUUCAUGAGAAUGAAGAUAUAACUAAGGGAUUAACAGCAAAAUCACCAGGCGCGGAACAAGAUGUGGCUACCCAUGUUGCAACUGGAAGCAAAAAAGGUCGUACCUCUCAGUAUAUUUCAACAUGUGCGUCACUUAACAAAGCAGAAUCGUUAAGGAAUUUGAAACUGAACAGUGGAUAUAAAUGGGGUAUGAAGCACAUUGCAGAAAUCGACGUUGGUAUGUUACCAGAUGAUGUAGAAAUAAUUGAUUUGCGAACACGGAUGUUGAGAAGAAAAUACGAAAUAUCUGACAAAGAGAUAAAUGAAAAUUUUCACAAAUUUGCAGAAAGUCACCAGGAAGUUUUACUAAAAGGUACAGUACCAGCAUCAUGUUUAAAAUUACAUGAAUUCACCGGAGUUGUUCCAGACUCAGACAACAGUUGUAGUGAUUCUGAUGGUUGUGGGUUUGACUAUGAUUCAUACAAUUCAAAUCCAGAUUCAGAUGCAGAUUGGUUCUAAUUCCAAGUAGGAUGAAAGGAUAAUGCAAAACACACAAGACACUUUAUAAUUCAAAUCUGAAAUAUGCAAGUAAACAUUAAUAAACAUUAAUAAGACAAAGAGAGUUUCUUCAAAAAUAGCAACGGAAUAUAAUUAUAACAUGAAGAUUAUUAAAAACUAAAAAGAGUAUCAGUAAAGUUAUGCAGUUGUUCAUCGAUCACCAAGAACAACCAUUAUCACACGGACAAUAACUUAUCUUUUUCUAUACGGAAACUUUGUGUAAAUAAUUUUAAUUCUUUUAUCAGUAAAACCUAUAAUAU